AUUUUCCCUUCUGUAUGCUUAGAUUGAGACUUAGCAAAAAUGAAUGAGAAAUAUGGCAUGAGAAAAUAUGAUUUUGUCAUUGAGGAAGUGCCCAGAGUUCCCAUCACAGACCCACUUGGCCAGCAGAUCAUGAAAGCUGAGGCACCAGUUUUGCUGACUGGAGGAGAUGUCAUUUCUUCAGCCAAAAAAUGGGACCUUGAGUACCUGGAAGCAAACCUUGGAAUGGAAGACUUCGUUGUGUAUUUGUCUGAUUCUCAUGUGUUCAAGUAUUACGAUGAGAAGAAAGUGAGAGACCCACAAGCAUUGCCAAACUUUGUGCCUCCCAUCAAGAGGAGUGAUAUGAAGUUUGCAGAAUUUCGACGAUAUCUCAAGAAAUGGCUACCUGAGCAGAAAAGGCUAUAUUUACAGCAAGCCUUGAACAGCACUGUUGGAGAAGCAAUAGUCAAUGACUUCAGGGGCUUUCAGUGGAGUUGGAUCAAUGAGGUCCAAAAAGCCAAUGGCUGGGGUCCACUCACCUCCAAUCUUCUGUUCAUUGGCAUGGAAGGGAAUCUGACACCAGCCCACUAUGAUGAACAGGAGAACCUUUUCUGCCAGGUAGAAGGCAGAAAGAGAUGUAUUCUUUUCCCUCCAGACCAGUUUUCUUGUCUUUACCCAUAUCCAGUCUACCAUCCUCAUGAUCGACAGAGUCAGGUGGAUCUUGAGAGGAUAGACUAUGUUCGCUUCCCAAAAGCCCGAGAUCUCCACGGUUAUGAGGCCAUAAUCUGCCCUGGUGAUAUUCUGUUCAUCCCAAAAUAUUGGUGGCAUCACAUUGAGAGCCUAUAUGGGGGACCAGGUCAUACCACUUCAAUCAACUUUUGGUACAAGGCUCCACCAGUAGGAACCAUUGAAUAUCCACUGAAAGCCCAUCAGAAGGUGGCAAUGAUGAGGAAUGUUGAGAAGAUGGUGACAGAAGCCUUGAGAGACCAGCGGGAAGUGGCUCCAUUGUUUUGUGCUCUUGUUCUUGGUCGUUACACAGACAGAACUUAAUGAAAAUUUAUAUAUAAACUUAACAGCCUCUAUGGGAAAUCUGUGAUCAGCUGGUCAAUUGGCACUUUCAGCAACAUCUGCAGAAUCAUCCUUGCAAUCAGAAAUUCAUCCCACCCCCAUUUCCCAACACUUUGUUGGCUCUUAUAUUCGAUGCAAAAGAAUUUGCAUUCCAGAAACAACUGAUGCAGAACCCUCUUAGUGAUACUCUUGCUUGCUGAAGAUAAGGACACUUCAUCAAAAUGUCUCAUUUCUUGUUCUGUUAGGUUUAUCAGUGGUUGAUAACAGCUAUCUUGCACCUUACUGUUGCAGGCUCAUGUCUGUCAUAAUAUGAAUUUUUUUCAUGAAGGAUCCUUUCAAUUUUGAUAAUGUCUUUUCCAUACAUGGAGGGUA